UGUAAACGACAAGAAACUCUCGGAGUUGAUAGAGGUAAUGGGCACACCGAAGGAUGCCAAAGGUCGGGACCAGGCCGGAUCUAGAAUCAUAGAAGGGUGGGAAAAGCUGGUAAACACAACGACAAGUAUAGUUCUCGGUAGAAAGUUGAUAGUUUGUAAGAGAGCAGUGGAUUGGUGGGACGAAGAUAUCAAGCAAGCAAUUCGAGUACGUAGAGAGUCACACGCAAAAUAUGCGGCAGGGAAAACCGAUACAGGAUGGAAGGAGUAUGUUGAAAAUAGAAAGAGGGUGAAGGAGUUGGUGGUGAAGCAGAAGAAAGCGUUGUGGGAGGAAGUAGUCCAAAAGACUAACGAAGAUUUUGAGGGGGGGAUGAGGCAACUGUGGGUAGGAAUUCAAGGGAACGUGGGCAAGAAAAGAGGGGGAGACACGGGAAUAGCGACACUACGAUCUGCCGAGGGUAAGAUGGUAAGCAGUUCUAAAGGAAAGCGGGAAGUCCUGGUAGAGCACUACCGCAAACUUGGGACACCCACCACCAACGAAAACUUCGACUCGGAGUUUGAGAAGGAAAUCAACUCGUGGGCAGAGGAAAACGUUGAAAGAUCUCGGAGGGAAUGUAGUGAUGUAGACGGGUUGCAGGGAGAGUUCACAAGAGAAGAGGUAGAGGACUGUGUAGCGAAAAUCAAGAAUAGAAAAGCGGCAGGGGCUGAUGGAAUUGUGAAUGAGCUUUUGAAACAGGGGGGGGGGCGGAUGAUUAACAUGUUGGUCCGGAUAUUCAACUGGAUAUGGAAACACGAGUACGCGCCGAAGAGAUGGAGAGAAGGGGUAGUCGUGAACCUGUUCAAAAAGGGGGAUAAAACUGACCCGGGGAAUUAUAGAGGGAUAACCUUGCUGAGCACAGUGGGGAAACUCUUUGGCAAGAUGAUAAACAAUAGAAUGGGAGACAUGUUGGAGGGGAAACAAAAGAUCANUUGGGGAAAUCUCGAAGUACGUGGACAUACUCCAAGGAGUCGCACAGGGCUAGCAGAACUGGGAAUGUACUCUCUUAAAACAAAGAGAGACAUGCAAAAGUCGAAUUGGCAGUACAAGGCAGCUUGGGGAAAAGCGACUCCAGGGAAGAAAGGAAUCAGAUGGGACAAGGUGGUAGAGAGGGUUUGGAAGGAGAUAGGAGACGAGGAGGAGACAUUGGACACGGAAGGGUUCGGGGGGUUCAAGAAGAAAGUCAAGGAAAUGCUAGAAAGUAGGGAGGAGGCAACCCUU